AAGGAAGCCACGGUGCUGGUUCCACAUUCGUAUUGCCGAAAUCGAAUAAGAAGCCUGCAAAAGCGGCCGUUUUGAUGCACUUACACAUUUUUCUGCCCUGACGUAUGCCAACCUCCUUUUGCCCGAUUCCCACCCUUCGCAGCUUGAAACACUGAAGCAGACGCAAAAGUUGAAGCGUGCCCGACUCUCACACCAACCGCCUUGGUUGAAAAGCUGCCUUAAAAUCAAGCACCCUGAUCUAAACAGUUGGGAUAACAGCCACCAUGACUUUAAACACCACUCUUUCAAAGCCAAGGGAGCCCAUCGCCGUCGUUGGGACAGGCUGCCGGUUUCCCGGCGGCGCAAACAGCCCCUCGAAGCUAUGGGAAAUCCUCGAGAAGCCCAGGGGCCUCCUCAAGAAGGUGCCCGCCGAGCGGUUUGACGUCGACUCCUUCUACCACCCAGACGGCUCGUUCCACGGCCGGACCAAUGCGGCAAACGCGUAUUUUCUCGAUCAAAACAUUCGCGCGUUCGACGCAAACUUUUUCAACAUCCAGCACCACGAGGCGGAAGUCACGGACCCACAGCACCGACUGCUCCUCGAGACGGUAUACGAAGCCUUGGCGACGGCCGGCCUCCGCGUCGAAGACCUCCGGGGCUCCUCCACCGCCGUGUACUGCGGGCAGAUGAUGAACGACUACAAAGACUUGGUGAAUUUCGACCAGGACCGCCUCCCGACGUACACGGCGACCGGCACGGCGGCGAGCAUCCUUUCGAAUCGGGUCUCGUACUUUUUUGACUGGCAUGGACCUAGUAUGACCAUCGACACAGCGUGCAGCUCAUCUCUAGUUGCUGUUCACCAUGCAGUUCAACAGCUCCGAUCCGGCUCGAGCAAAGUUGCAAUCGCGGCAGGGGCAAAUCUGAUACUGGGUCCAGUUCCCUUGAUCGUGGAAAGCAAGAUGAACAUGCUCUCGCCAACGGGCAGAUCGAGCAUGUGGGACGAAAAGGCCAAUGGUUACGCGCGCGGAGAAGGUGUUGCUGCUGUUGUGCUCAAGACUCUAAGUCAGGCACUGAGCGACGGCGACAACAUCGAAUGCGUUAUCCGAGAGACUGGUGUUAAUCAAGAUGGCCGAACUCCCGGCAUAACGAUGCCCAGCCACCAAGCACAGGAGGCCCUGAUCCGUGAGACAUACGCGGCGGCAGGGCUCGAUCUGUCUCGUGCCGAGGACCGAUGCCAGUAUUUCGAAGCCCACGGAACUGGAACCCCUGCAGGAGAUCCGCAGGAGGCCGAAGCCAUAUCGAGGUCCUUUUUCGGGCAUGGAGAACGACCGCCGCGAGAAGAGCCGCUAUACGUCGGCAGCAUCAAGACGGUCAUUGGUCACACGGAGGGGACCGCGGGCGUCGCCGGACUUAUAAAGGCGUCUUUGGCCAUGCAAAACCGAACGAUACCGCCAAACAUGCAUUUCCAUAAACUUUCUCCCAAAGUGGCUCCGUUCUACCAGAAUCUCCAUGUUCCCACGGAGGCGCAGCCAUGGCCAGAGCUCGCUCCUGGCGUUCCGAUGCGUGCAAGCGUCAACUCCUUUGGCUUUGGAGGCACCAACGCGCACGCCAUCCUCGAAGCCUAUCCCAACCAGGGGGCGGGCCUGAAACAGACGCCGCAGCGCUCCUCCGCAGUGCCGAUAUGGCCCAUCCCCAUAUCUGCAAACUCGGAGCUCUCCCUAAAAGCCACCAUGCAAGACCUGCUACAGUACCUCAAAUCAGCGUCCGGCGUACGAGUGCAGGAUCUGGCGUGGACGCUGACAAACAGACGCUCCGUGCUGCCGGUCCGCCGCGCCGUCGCCGCGCAGACGAUACCGGAUGUCUGUGCAGCCCUCGAAGCGAGCAUUGCAUCCAUCGACAAGAAGGAGGGUCAUGUCGUCUCGGGUGGAUCCAACCGGGAACCCAGGGUCUUGGGCAUAUUCACCGGGCAGGGAGCACAAUGGCCCGCGAUGGGCAAGAUGCUGAUCUCGACCCUCCCGCACGCCCGCGACGUCAUCUCGCAGCUGGAUCAGUCACUGAGCAGCCUGCCCCCGCGCUAUCGACCAUCGUGGGCUUUGCACGACCAGCUCAUGCUCGAGGGUGGCAGCUCCAACGUCCACGAUGCCCGCUUCUCGCAGCCCCUCUGCUGCGCGAUCCAGAUCCUCCUGGUGCAGAUGCUCGCGGCGGCUGGCAUCAAGUUGGAGGUGGUCGUCGGGCACAGCUCGGGCGAGAUCGCAUGUGCCUACGCGGCGGGACUCGUCACUGCAUCGCAAGCAAUUCGCAUUGCUUACCUGCGGGGCUUUGUGUCGGACAAGGCGUCGUCGCCUAAUGGCGUGGAGGGAGCGAUGCUGGCUGCGGGGUGCUCUUACAAGGACGCUCAAGAACUAUGCGGUCUGGACAUGUUUCGCAAUCGCAUCUGCGUCGCCGCAAGCAAUGCACCAGACAGCGUCACCAUCUCGGGCGAUGCCGAUGCCAUCGAAGAGGCCCGCGAGGUCCUGGAAGACGAGGGUAAAUUCGCGCGAAAGGUCAAGGUCGACAAGGCCUAUCACUCAUUCCACAUGGAGCAGUGUGCAGAGCCUUAUGUGAGGGCUCUGCUGGACUCGGGAUGUGACGCCGAGGCCACCACGGAGCCGUCCACGAUUUGGCUUUCCUCGGUGCGACCGGGUCAUUGCAUGAGAGCACAGGACGUCACGGCCGACUACUGGAAGGACAAUCUCCUGUCGCCCGUUCUCUUCUCUCAGGCCCUGGAGCACGCGACGAGGGAGCACGGGCCGGUGGAUCUCGCCAUCGAGGUGGGUUGCCAUCCUGCGCUCAAGGGCCCGUGUCUCAAGACCAUGGAAGCCUGCAGCGAGCCCGGUGCUCCCGAGCUCCCGUACGUCGGGUGCAUGCGGCGAGGUGGCGACGACGUCACGGCUCUCGCUGAGGCGUUUGGAUAUGUAUGGGAGCGGUUUGGUUCCGAGAGCGUGAGCCUUGCCGGGCUCAAAGACGUGGUACCGCAGACGCCGGUGAGCAGCCUCGCCAAGACGCUGCCUGCUUACCCCUGGGACCGGACUAGGUCGUACUGGCUGGACAGCUGGCGGACGCGUUUUUUCCUCGGCGGCGGCGAGGCCAAACGGCCACACCUGCUGCUCGGGAAGCUCUCGGCGGACAGCACCUCGACGGCGCUGCAUUGGCGCAACUCGAUUCGGCCCAGAGACAUGGCGUGGCUGGACGGCCACCAGCUGCAGGGCCAGACGGUGUUUCCCGGCGCCGGCUACGUCGUCAUGGCCGCCGAGGCCGCCAUGCACGUGGCCAAUGGCCGAUCGGUGCGGCUUGUCGAGUUUCUGGACGUUGAGAUAUCCAAAGCCGUGACGUUUGAAAACGAGGACGGCCUCGUCGAGCUGAACCUGUCCCUCCAAGUAGACGCGGGACUCUCGAGCGCCCAGCACACCGCCGCUUCGUUUCGCAUAGACUGCUGUCUCUCGCGCGAGGACGCAAUGUCUCCUUCGUCCAGCGGAAGGGUCAUCAUCACCUACGGCCCAGGCGCCGGCGACACCUUGCCGACGGCACAGGACGAGCCCCCGCACAUGCGCAGCAUUAGCGUCGAGACCUUUUACGAGGAGCUCGCGGCCGUCGGCUACGGCUACGCCAAUGACUUCCGCGGCAUCUCCACCAUCAAGCGGGCCGACUUUAAAGCCUGCGGCUCCAUGAGGCUCCCCGCCCCAGGACCCGCGGCCGACGACCGGCUCCUCCUCCACCCCGUCACCCUGGACAACGCCCUGCAGACUCUGAUAGCGGCCGUGUCGGCCCCCGGCGACGGGCUGAUGCGGUCGCUGCUCGUGCCGACGUCCAUCGGCCGGAUCGCGCUGAACCCCUGGCUCUGCGGCGAGGUGUCGAGGUCCGGCGGCGAGGUGCACUACAACGCGGCCAGCACCACGCGCCAGGUCAGCUCCAUCAGCGGCGACGUGGAGGUUUUCCAUCCCGAGACCAAGCAGAUCGUUUUCCACAUUGAGGACUUCAGAAUCAAGGCAGCCUCGGCCCCGACCGAGGCCAGCGACCACACCAUGUUUAUGCAGUGGACCUGGGACCGGCCCGUGCCGGAAAGGGUCCUCAACAAGCCCGAGCGUGCCGCAACCGACGCCGACAGGGAAGUGGCCUCUGCCAUGGAGCGCAUGGUGUAUUUCUACAUGCGGUCCUUUUUGGCCAGCGCUGCUGCCGAAAAGCUGGCCGACCUCGCACCUCACCACCAGAGGCAGGUCAGGUGGUUCCAGUGCAAAAUGGACGAGGUCAAGCGUGGCCAGAGCCCGUUCUACCAGCCCGAGUGGGAGAUGGACCAGCAGGCCGACGUACAAGGCCUGCUCGACCAACACAAUGCCAACGCCAACAUACGCCUUGUGCAGAGGGUCGGCCAAGGCCUCGAGGACGUCUUCUUCCAUGGCAGGAACCCGUUCGAGCUCAUGGACCACGACGGGAUGCUAACCGAGUUCUACGGGAGCUCGUCCGGAUUUGGACCGUCGUACUACUACAUGCAGGACGUGCUCGCGCCCAUCAUGCACCGGUACCAGAACAUGGACGUCUUGGAGAUCGGCGCGGGCACUGGCGGGGCGACCAGGUACAUCCUCGGGCAGGAUCCGCCGCCGUCCUUCAACAGCUACACGUUCACCGACAUCUCGACGAGCUUCUUCGAAAAGGGCCACGAGACCUUUGCCCAGUCCGACGACAGGGUAGACUUUCGGGUCUUGGACGUCAGGCGCAGCCCCGAGGAGCAGGGCUACACCCCGCACUCGUACGACCUCGUCGUCGCCUCCAACGUCCUGCACGCGACGCCGAACCUGCAAGAGACCAUGGCCAACGUCAGGACGCUCCUCAGGCCGGGGGGCAAGGUCGUCGUCGUCGAGCUCACCUGCCCGCGCACUCUGCGCGUCGGCUUCGUGUUCGGCCUCUUUGCGGACUGGUGGGCCGGCGUCGACGACGACCGCGUGCUCCAGCCCUUUGUGUCUAUGGACAGGUGGGACGCCAUCCUGAAAAAGACGGGCUUUUCGGGGGUGGCCAGCAGGUACGAGGAUGCCGAGGGCGAGAUAUUCCCCACGUCCGUGUUCCAGUCCGACGCCGUCGACGACAAGGUGGCGCGCCUGUACGAGCCGCUGCUCUUUCCCGCCAGGGAGCAGAGCCCGCCCAUCGUCGUGGUCGGCGGCGCCACGGCAAAGACGUCCGGGAUUCUCGGCGAGGUACAGAAACUGCUCCCCGGCCGUCUUUUCGAAACCCUCCAUCGGCUCGAGGACGUGCGCGCAAUGAUCCCGCCCAAUCACAAUUGCCGCAAGCCUACCUUCCUGAUUCUCUCCGAGCUGGACGACCCCAUGUUUGCCGAUAUGCACCAGGCCAAGUUCGAGGCCCUAAAGGUUUUGAGCGAAAGCGCUGGGCACAUGCUUUGGGUGACCGAGGACGCGUGGCUGGACCCCGUCAAGGCCAUGGCUAUUGGUUUCCUCCGUACUUUGCGGCUGGAAUGCGUCGACUGUGGCAUCCAAAUCCUCGAUGUUGACCACACCAAGAACCUGAGCGCGGAUUUGGUCGCCGACACCCUCCUCCGGCUCGAGGAAGGGUCGGAUUGGGAGGCAGCUGGAAUACUGUGGACGGCAGAGCCCGAGAUUUACGUGUCGCAAGGUUGUGCUCGCAUCCCCCGUCUCAAGCCCAGCAAACCCAUGAACGAUCGUCUGAAUUCGGGCCGCAGGGAGAUCUUGGCUGGCGUGGAUCCAACGACAACCCCGGUUCUUCUCUACCAGGACAUAGACGCUGCCUAUCUCCAAUCCAAUGACAACCAUGGCCCCCAGGACAUCAACAAGGGCUCAGGUUCCAGCAGACUCCAGGUCCUGCACUCACUCACAAGAGCGGUCCGCCUCGGCAAUUUUGGAUAUCUCAACGUCGUCCAUGGCAUCUUGGAAAGAAGCGGCCAGGCCGUCGUCGCCCUCUGCGAGGAGAACGGCUCUCUGGUCGACGUCUUUGCCGGCUGCAUCGCUCACCUACCAGAGCAGGUUCAAGCGCAGGGCCGCGCCGGAGCAGCCCUCCUCCUCGCGGUGGCGGCCGAUCUCUUGGCUCAGACCAUGGUGUCCGAGGUCGCGUCGGGGUCAAACGUCAUCAUCCAUGGAGCUCCCGACAUUUACGCGAAUCGCAUCGCCCACAGGGCAAAGGCCAAGGGGAUCCACGCCACCUUUGUCUCGACCCAUUCAGGACCCCAGGGGGACAAGGCGGCCGGCGAGGAUUCGUCGUCGUGGGUAGCCGUCCACGAGAACGAAACGCAGCUCGGGCUUUCCAGGAAGCUCCCGCGGCCCGCAAGUGCCUUUUACAACCUUGCGGUCGACCAGGGCCCCGUCGGCGCCGGCCAGGUCCUCUCCAAAUACUUGACCACGCAGCACUGCCAAACCUUCCAGGCAGGGCAUCUCACGUCUCUGAAGGCGUCUGUGCGGACCCGCCAGGCCGGAACCUCGUUGAAGUCGAUGCUGGACGAGUCCUUGCAGGCGUGCCUCGCUGCCGCCGACGCCGGAACCCUGUCGCUGGCGCGGACGGCAGAGGACCUUGCGGCAACGCCGCCCGACGAGCUGGUCGCGCUUCGGCGCACCGUCAGCCACACCGCCGUGAUCGACUGGACGGUCAACGGCCUGGUCUCGGCGCGGGUGCGUCCUGUCGAUUCCGGCAGGCUCUUCUCGGACGACAAGUCUUACCUGCUGAUUGGCCUGACCGGAGACCUCGGCCGUUCCAUCUGUCGAUGGAUGCUCGGCCGUGGUGCCAAGCAUGUUGUGCUUUCCAGCAGGAACCCACAGAUCGAGAGCAGAUGGCUCGAGGAGAUGCGAGUUUUGGGUGGCAACGUGAUGGUGUUGCCAAUGGACAUUUCCAACGAGGAAUCUGUGGACGCAGGCUUGGAUAAAAUCCGAAAGUCAUUCCCACCGAUUGGCGGGGUAGCGUUUGGGCCUCUUGUCUUGGACGAUAUCCUCCUCAAGAACAUGCGGCUAGACCAGAUGGAGGCGGUGAUGCGACCCAAAGUCACCGGCGCUCGCCUGCUGCAAGAAAAGCUCGACGAGCAGGAGCACCGGCUCGAGUUCUUUGUCAUGUUCUCCUCGUUCGUCAUGGUGUGCGGCAACCCGGGCCAGAGCGCGUACAGCGCAGCCAACGCCUACACGCACGGCCUCGCCCUGCAGCGCCGCGCCCGCGGGCUCGCCGGGUCCACCAUCGACAUCGGCGCCGUCUGGGGCGUGGGCUACAUCCUCAAGCACGACAGGGUCGAGGAGUACGAGAGCAUCAGCUUCAAGUUCGACAAGCUCUCGGAGCGCGAGAUGCACGCCCUCUUUGCCGAGGGCGUCGUGGCCGGGCGGCCCGGCUCGAGCAGCGCGCAGCGGCACGACGUCGAACUCAUGACCGGCAUGCGCUUCAUGGACCCCAAGCACAGGAAGCUCAUUGCCCACUUUGACGAUCCCCGCUUCUCGCACUUUAUACUGAGCGAGAAGCGCGAAAGGGCUGCGGUGGGGGGCGCGGCCCUGGCCUCGGUCAAGGAGCGCCUCCUUGAGGCGGAUUCCAUGGGCGAGGCUUGCCAAAUCAUUGCAGAUGGCUUGUCCGAGAAGCUACGAGCCACGCUUCAGAUAAGCCAUGAAGGCGGCGUGAAGCUGGAUGUUGCUCUCAUAGACCAGGGUGUCGACUCUCUAAGUGCAGUCACUAUUGGAACCUGGUUCUCCAAGAAUCUCGACCUCGAGCUGCCGUUGCUAAAGAUUCUGGGAGGAGCUUCCGUCAAAGACCUGGCCGAGGAAGCUGUGGAGCGACUACCUCCCAGCGCCAUUCCCUUGAUCCACAACGCGUGGGUCAAUGUACCGUCUGCUGUUCAAAGUAGCACUGAUGACUCGGAUGGAUCGCUUUCGCCAAAUUCCCACGUCUGGUCUGCUUCCUCAACAUCCAACUCUCUUUCAGUCUCAGACAGUCCCACCAAGGAUCUCGAGGUUGUUUUGCCAUUCGAACGCAAAUCAUGCAUGUCCCUCAACCAGGAGCAGUCUUGGAGGCUGCAGAUGCAGACCUCGGAUCCCACGAUGUUCAACUCGACUCUGGGCAUGCACAUGAGGGGCUACAUGGAUCUCGAUCGCCUUGCCCGGUCCUUCCAGGCCGUCCUGGAGCGGCACGAGAUCUUCCGGACUCGCUUUCCCGAGUCGGGAGAGGCCGUGCAGAUCAUCAUGGAGGCGCCCCGCAUCAAAUUCCAAGCCAUCCCCGUGGCUGAUAAAGCCUCUGCCGAGCAGGGUUUCAAGGAUGUUGAUGGCCAAAGCUACAACCUCGCGGCGGGAGAGACGCUCAAACUGAUCGACUUUUACUGGGCUUCGGACGAGCACAUGCUCAUCAUCGCAUACAACCCCCUGGUCUGCGACGGCUGGACCUACGAGCGUUUCUUCGUUGAGCUCUCGCAGAUUUACGACGGCAAAAGCCUGCCACCCGUGCCCCAGUAUGCCGACUUCGCCACCCGGCAGCGGACGAGCUACGAAACGGGCGCCAUGGAUGCAGAUCUGACCUACUGGAAGUCUGUGCACAAGACGCUUCCUGAACCCCUGCCCGUCUUUUCCGUAUCGUCGGGUUCGGCAUCUGAAGGCCCGAAGCCUUCGCCCGCGUGGGAUCAGCACACCCUCGAUGCGCGUCUGAGCUCGGCCACUGCAGCCCGCAUCCAGGAUAUCGCCCGCAGCUCCAAGGUCACGCCGAUGCAGUUCUACCUCGCGUCGUACUACGUCCUGCUGUCGCGCCUCACGGGCAGGGCAGACGUGGCCAUCGGCGUGGCCGACGCCAACCGACCCGACCUCGACGACCUGUCCACCAUGGGCCUGUUUGUCAACACGCUCCCGCUGAGGCUGGACCACGCGGCCCACGACACGUUCGCGUCGACGCUGUCCCGCACCAAGGAGCGUAUGCGCCGCGCCACGCUGCACUCGCGGGUGCCGAUGCACGUCAUCCUCGAGAGCUUGGGCGUCGACGCCGCCAGGCCGCACGAGUUCCUGCAGGCCGUCUUCGACUACAAGCAGGGGCAGGCCGAGAGCGGCAGCAUCGGCCAGGCGCACAUGGCGGGUGUCCUGGCCUCGCGCUUCUCGACCCCGUACGACGUUACGCUGGAGAUGAGGGACGACCCUUCCAAGACACCGCUGCUCACCCUCAAGCUGCAGUCCUCUCUGUACAGCCUGCAGGACGUGCACAAGGUCAUGGGGUGUUACAUGUCUUUGCUUGAUGGUUUUUCGCGCGAUCAGGGGAUCCUCGUCGGCGAGGCCGAGCUGUUAUGUUAGGCUGGGUAUAUUUAGAUGUUAUAGGUUUACCUCCGCGCAGGCUUGAAUGUACCCGUUCUUUUGUCAGAUAAACUGUUAUGCACAGUUAAAGCCCGAAAUAUUAAUUAUAUAAUAUAAAAUUCUAUUUCGGCAUAUUCUUUUUCUUUCUUUCUUUUUUUCUGCGAUUAAUCCUUCCGAGAAUCUAAACGCAAAACCGGCGUAUUGCGUUGUUAUUAUGGCUAGAAAUCUCAAUUUGAUUGCAAUAUAAUAGCAAUAAUAUGGAUAAAAUGUCCAAUAAGUUAACGUUGGGCUCCACA